AUGGCUACAUUGGCAAAUUUUAAAUCACUGAUGAUCACAGAGCAGGGGAAAAUUGUCGUCAACCUCACAGGCAGGUUAAACAAGUGUGACGUUACCAGCCCCAGAUUUGAUGUGCAACUCAAAGAUCUAGAAAAGUGGCAGAAUAACCUGCUUCCAUCCUAUCAGUUUGGUUUCACUGUACUGACCACCUCAGCUGGACAUUUUUUCCAACUGUAUGAAAGAGAUGUUUUCUCUUCUCUGAGGCUCAGCAGAAACACUGGUUUAAAGAGAAUAAAUGGAUUUUGCACCAAACCACAGGAAAGUCCGAAAGCUCCAUCUCACCCUGUCCACCACCAUAGGGUGCCAUUACACAAACCCACAGAUUGGGAGAAGAAGAUCUUGAUAUGGUCAGGUCGAUUCAAGAAGGAAGAUGAAAUCCCAGAGACUAUCACAUUUCAGAUGCUGGAUGCUGCGAAGAACCGGCUCCGGGUGAAGGUGAGCUAUCUCAUGAUCGCUCUGACGGUGGCAGGAUGCAUUGUCAUGAUUAUUGAGGGGAAGAAGGCUGCCAGAAGACAUGAGUCUUUAACAAGCUUGAACUUGGAAAAGAAAGCUCGUCUGAGAGAGGAAGCCAUGAAAGCCAAAGCAGAGUAG